UAUUCUCUUACUCACAAGAUUUGAUCGAAAUCUUUAGAAAUCUUUCCAUAUACAUUAUACAGUUAUAAGCGUCUACAGUUAUAAGCGUUAUAAGCGAAGCAACAAAAUCUGCUAUUAAUUUCUUUGAAACUUUUUCUUGGUUGUUUUGUAGACAGAGAAAAGACAGAUGGCAUUAACCAGCUUCGUUUUUCUUAUAAUUUGUUUAUCUGUGUCGUUCAUUGGAUCCAUUCAAACUAAAGAACCCGAGUUGACAGAAUUUGGUAAAAAAGUAAAAAAAGAUAUGUCGGAAGACACUUAUAAGAACAUGUUUGCCGUCAAAGGCAAAACUGACGACGAGUUAAAGGAGGCAGUGAAAAAAUCGAGUAAGAAGUUUGCCGAGUUAGUUCCUUUUCCAUACCAUGAAGCUGCCGAAGAAAAAGUGGAGAAAGAAAACCAAGAGUUAGGAAUCGCUAAUCUUAAUUCUUCUGUACUUUUCCAUUGUCAAACCUUCGCCAUUUCAGAAGGAUUCACGAAGUUGCAUCGUAUAAAUUCAACGAACAUUGAUGAUCUAGCUCAGAAGUACGCAGAUGCUUUCGAAAAGGUAGCCAAGACAUUAGAUAAGGAUGAUCUUACUUCGAUUUUUAUUGCAAUUGUCACCGCAGUUGCGGAUUUUUUGAAAUCUGUGGGUGUGACAUCAGAGGAUUCCGUUAAGAAGAUCAUACAAGCAUAUAAUGAAGAAAUGAAAAAGUAUCUAUCAAAUGCUGAUUUACUGGGAUCCAUUCUAUAAGUUGUUCCUACCAUUUCUACCACGUGAGCCAGAAGCAAAGACAUUAGUAUUUUAUGAUUCCUUUCCAUAUUAUUCAUUCCUUUCCAUAUUAUUAUUUGUGCUCAAAACAUAUAUUUCAAUACAUGGAUAUAAUAGAAAGACAUAGGAUUUGAUGGAAUUGGAAAAUUAACUAAUGGGUAAUAUUUUACAGCUAAUUAUUGGUGUUUGCUUAUGAGAUUUUUGAAUGGUUGGUUGUAGUUUUUGUUGCCAAUUAAGUACUGUCCAUUUUGAUAUUUUGGUGAAAGGAAAUAAAUCAUUACGAUAAAGCA